AUGCAAGUCAACCGAGUAAAAUCCCGCAAGAGCAUGCUCCUCUACUACACCGGCGACGAACCUGAUGGACAAGUUGAUGCCCUUGAUGCCACAAAAAUCACAUACGACCUCAUCAAAUCUCUUGACCCUUGGCAUCCCAUCUCCAUCUGCCUCAACUGCCUGAAUUACUACUUCAGCGACUACACAUCCGGCACUGACAUAAUCAUGUCGGAUCCUUACCCAAUUGCCGUCAAUACCACCUACUCGGUACAAUACAAUACUCUAUGCAACACCACAUAUGGCUGCUGCGGCUGCGAUAACUGUGAAGGCGAUUUCAACGACAUCACCACCCGCUUAGACCUCUACAAGGAAUACCAAGAGAUUCUCCACGUGCCGCAAAAACCGCAAUGGGGAGUCCCACAGGCUUUUGGAAAUGAGACUUUCUGGGCAAGAUAUCCGACCCCAAUGGAAGAGGUGGUGAUGAAUAUGCUGUUUGUCAAUCAUGGUGCGAAGGGCAUUGCUAUGUGGGCAUAUCCGACUGAACCUGGCUUGAUAAACGUGACGAGUGCCUUGAGCAAGGCGAUGACCUCGAGCACGGUUACCAAGUUCUUGUUGGGAUCGAACCCGGUCAAGGUUGAUGUGGGGGGUUUGGGGAGGAUUGAUGCUGCGGCCUGGAAGGUGGGAAAUAGCACAUUGGUGAGUGUGGUUAAUACGAAUUAUGUACCUAGUUCGAUGGUGAAUGUAAGUAUGGAGAUUGAAGGGGCGGGAAGUAUACAGCAAGUUGUCUGGGGAAGUGAGUGGGGUGUUGGGAGUCGAGGGAUGUGGAAGUAUGGUUUGGACGCUUUGGAGGUGGAUAUUUUCAUUGUCUCCUGA